GUUUAGAGGGCAGGUCAGGAGCCAGGAUUACAGCUCAAAACACCAAAAAACAAAAAAGAAAACUAUUGCACCCUUGUGUCUAGUUUCAGUCUUCUAUUUUCUACACACUAAACCCACAUCUUAGGUUUUCAGGCCAGUCUAAGCUUGAUUUCAGCUGGGCACUGAGCAGGGUAGCACAGAUGGGCCCUCCCAUCCCGAACUUCACCCUUUCCUUACUGGACGACAGCCAAGUCCCAGUGCUGGCUCCAGAUCCCUCCCACUUUGGACCUACAAGAUCUUCAGCUCAGAGAGCAGUUCUGCACUCACCAUACCACACCGUUCUAAGCCACAGCACGCAGACGUCACAAGGCCAAGAUCCAGAGAAGUCAGGGAAGGAAGCUACACUCUCGCCCCUGACGUGGCAGCAUGGAGCUGGUCCAGGACACCUCCCGCCCACCACUGGAGUACAUGAAGGGGAUCCCUCUCAUCAAGUACUUUGCAGAGGGACUGGGGCCACUGCAGAGCUUCCAAGCCUGGCCCAAUGACCUGCUCAUCAGCACCUACCCCAAAUCUGGCACCACCUGGGUAAGCGAGAUCCUGGACCUGAUCUACCAGGGUGGCGACCUGGAGAAGUGUCAAAGAGCCCCCAUCUUCGUCCGGGUGCCCUUCCUUGAGUUCAGGAUCCCUGGGGUUCCCGCAGGUGCUGAGCUUCUGGAAGAUACACCAGCCCCACGGCUGAUCAAGACACACUUGCCCCUGGCUCUGCUUCCCCCAACCCUGCUGGAUCAGAAGGUCAAGGUGGUCUACGUUGCCCGCAAUGCAAAGGAUGUGGCCGUCUCCUAUUACCACUUCUACCGCAUGGCCAAGGUGCACCCUGACCCUGGCACCUGGGACAGCUUCCUGGAGAAGUUCAUGGCUGGGGAAGUGUCCUACGGGUCCUGGUACCAGCACGUGCAGGAGUGGUGGGAGCUGAGUCACACCCACCCUGUUCUCUACCUUUUCUAUGAGGACAUAAAGCAGAACCCCAAAAGGGAGAUUCAGAAGAUCCUGGAGUUUGUGGGGCGCUCCCUGCCAGAGGAGACCGUGGAUCACAUCGUCCAGCACACGUCUUUCAAGGAGAUGAAGAAGAACCCCAUGACCAACUACAGCACCAUACCCAUCAAAGUCAUGGACCACAGCAUCUCUGCCUUCAUGAGGAAAGCGGGGACCUCCCUCCUUUCGUCUCUCCCAGGCCUCACUGGGGACUGGAAAUCCACCUUCACUGUGGCCCAGAAUGAGCGCUUUGAAGCCGACUAUGCCGCGAAGAUGGCAGGCUGCAACCUCCACUUCCGCUGGGAGCUGAGUGGUGCUCAUCAGGGUGAGCGUGAAACAAGCCUCAACAAUAAAAUCUGAUGUGUGUUAAA